AGCUUCCUCCUCAACAAUACGCAAUGUCAAAGCACAGUUCUGAAGAAGUCUAACAAAUCGAGAAGCUUUACGAAUUCAGUGAGCGUCUGAAUGUUUCUGUUCUCUUUUCUGAUCAGGAUUCCAUGACUAUAUUUCUGUUCUUUUUUUCUGUAUACUCUCUUUGUCAGUAGGAGUUUUGGUUUGGUACUUGGUAGAGUAGGAAGAGCAUCCUCUAAACAUGUUGACAUCUUUUUAAAGUUAAAAUGAUAAUGUAUGUUAGAAUUACAGAAAGAUUUGGAAUUCUAGAACCUUUGUUCAAUUGAUAAAAUAAAUCUUUUAGCACGUUCUUCAUACCAUUCACUACAGUUAAAGUAGAAAUUAAACAAAUGGUUAAAACGCUUCAUCAGAAGUCAUCAGUCUUAAAAAAUCUAUAUUAUUAUGACUUACCAACCUCAAUAUUACUAUUGACUUAUUAAGAUUUUAUUCAUCCGAGUCAUCAUCGUAUGAACAAGUAACCUUAAAACGAUUUUUAGCGCAUUGUUCAUACCAUUCACUACAAAAGAAAGUAGAAAUUUAACAAUUGAUUAAAACGCUUUUACCAAAAAUCAAAAUUUCCACUGGUUUAUAAUUUUAUUACAAAUUAUGAGAAUUCUGUACACAACAACAAAAGAAAAAAAAACUACGUAUGACAGUUCUACUUGGAUAACAUUGACCAGUGUUCUAAAACGUGUUAGUUGAUUACGCGUUAGAUGACUGUAUAGCGCCUAGCCGAAUAGGCGAACGCCUAUACAGGAUAUAUACGGAUAUAUAUUUUUACACGAAAUAUAAGUAUAAGAUUAAUAUAUACAUUAUUUUUGAAAAAACUGAAAAAUAUAUUUUAAAUCUACUUUUAUGUAUAAGUACAUAUAUAAAUAGUUUCAAAUUAUAAAAAUUAAAGCCAUUUUAAAUACAUAAAGAUGAUAAAUUUAAAAUGAUUUUGCAACAAUUAUACUAAUAUCUAUAAUUAUAUAAAUACAUAAAAUAAGUAAAAGUAAUAUAAAUAAUAACAUUAAUAAAACAUAAUAUUAAUAGUUUAUUUUUUUGAAUAUUAAUGCUUAAAAUUCGUCUAGGAAUCCGCAUAGACCGCAUAUGUCCGCCUAAAUGUUAUUAUUCGUCCGAAUUAUAUAAAUCCGCAUAAAACACUGUAUAACAUAAAAACAGUACGGUUGGCUACUGUAUAGCGUCUAAACGCCGCCUAGGCAAACACCUAUACCGUAUUUCAGAACACUGACAUUGACCAUGUUGACUAUGUUGAAAGAUUUUUGUACUGUUUUUUUUCAAUUAAUCUACAUAAUAAUUGAUAAUAAAUCACAUUAUGUAUCACUCAAACUUUAAAACUGUGGUAUCAUUAAUGAACUAUUCAUCAAACCAUCCCAAUGAAGGGCAUCCACAUUAUGUAUCACUCAAACUUUAAAACUGUAGUAUCAUUAAUGAACUAAUCAUCAAACCAUUCCAAUAAAGGGCAUCCACCAUCAAAGCCAUUAGUCUUUAAAUAUCUAGAUUUAUAUGACUUACCAUUACCAACCUCAACAAUAUUGUUGACGUAUUAAAGAUUCAAUUCGUCCGACUCAUCAUCGUAUAAACAAUAAACCUUAAAAUGUUUGUUUAUUAUAUAGUUGUUAGAUCUUGUCCGAUAUGUGGGGUUUAGUUACUAUGACUUGUGUAUAAAUACAGAGGAAAACCAUCCCACUAAAUUCACACUAAAUCUUCCUCAUAGAUCUUGAGUUUACUUCCAUGGCAAAUCUCACACUCUUCUCUUUUCUCUCUCUGUCUCUCAUCAUCUCUGUUGCGAGCUCUCGUGUCCUAAGUCCACUUCCUCUAAACAACUCGGUCUUGAUCUCUGAUGGCGUCCAUGACGUCUCGGAUUACAAGUUUCUCACUCUCGACCCUCCUAAGACCUUGUCCGGGACCGAGUGUGAACAUGUCUAUGGUUUUCUUCCAUGUGCAAAUAAUGUUGGAGGUUAUGUCUUCCAAGUACUCACGUUUGGGUGUCUCUUGAUCGUUGGUGACUAUUUCUUGUCCGUAGGAAGGUCGCAACUCUUUUUAACCUUUGAUGUUGGAUUCUAUGGCGGAAUCAUUUUCCCUCUUCUUACAAUGUUCCCAAGAAUUGUCCUUAUGCUCGGUAAGGAUCCUAGUUCUUUGGCUCACAACUACGAAAAGCAUUGUAUAUAGAGAAAUUAACUUUUAGAUAACAUUGAAUUAUUUUUAAAAAAAUAGCACAUUGCGAACUUUUUUCAAAAAUAACAUUAUUUAAAAGUUUAAAAGAUCUAUUUGUUUUUUAUUUGUGUUUGAGUUUAAUGAUUAGUGUUGGUUUAGCAUUUAGAAGCUGGAAUUAGAGUUAUGGUUUAAAAUGUAAGAUAAUUUAUGGUUUUAAUUAUAAAUAUUAUUUUGGGAAUUUUUUUCUUUAGUUUAGUGAUUAGUGUUGGUUUCGUAUUUAGAAGGUGGAAUUAGAGUUAUUAAAAUGUAAGCUAAUGUAAUGUUUUUAUUAAUCCAUAAAUACUAUUUUGGGAAUUUUUUAGUGCGUUUUGUGAGAAAAACGUUAAGUAAUUAUAGUAAUUAUGAAAUUUGUCCUUAUAUGUAUUGGACCUUAAAGCGCUUCUUCCUUCUUUCUUUUUUUUGGGUUUUUUUUUUUUAAUUUCAGCGAAUGGACUAUCACUGGGCAGCGAUGUUGCUAACUCCUUCGUUGAUAACAACAUGGGAGUUACUGCGGGAUACACUGUGUUUGCUCUCACAAUUCAAUGGGGAGCUUGUGUUGUGUUUAGCAUCACUGGUUCGAGUUUGGAAAAUGAAGAAAGAAAAACAAUCACAGUAAGCUUUUCUUCGAAUCUGGAAUCUGUUAGUUGUAUGGUCAUAUUUAUAUAAGCUAAGAUCUCAUGACCAUAAUUUCUGUUUAUAAUAAAGAGAAUAGCUUUGAAGAAUUAGUGGGUGACCAUUUGAUGAACUGUAAAGGCAAAAUAGCGUUCUUCUUUUUGUGUUUCCUGCUGCACAAGAAUAUAGAUGAAGAUGAUAUAUGGCAUUCUCAUAUGUAUUCUGUACUGUCCACCAAAUAAUCAUCCACUUUAUUAUUUACGAAUGUAUACAGAAAAAGUAUGGCCAUCUCACAAAUUCUCUCUAUUUAAUUAUAAUACGUUACUAUAUGUUCAUCAGAAAAUCAUACAAGAUUGGUGGAGCCAAAGACAUAACAUAGUGAAAAACAUUGUUGGUAAGUUCAGUGACUCGAAGGCUGUAGAUAGAUUCUUUCUCUUUUCUUUGAGUAGUUUUUUUUUUGUACGAAGAUGUUGUGUUGUGUUUAAUUAUCUAUGUUCAGAAGCAAGCGUAGACGUAGAUACGAAGAACAAGAAACCUGCAGGGAUUAUGUUGUUGAGUCUGGCUCCCUUUCUCAUGGUGACACUUACAGCGAUAUUUGAUUCGCAUUCUUGGAGGCAUAUCAUUAUAUUGAUAACACUAAUAAUCUCUUCUUCUUCAACCAUUCUCUACUUUGUUUACUCGUAUGCUGAUCAAGAUAACCAAAGGGAGAGCUUAGAACACGCGAGGUUUGAGAUCAUGUCAGAAGUUCAUAAGCUAUUAAAGAAGUUUUCACCAGAAAACUUACUACAAAAUGGAGAGAUAAACAAAGAGAGCAUAAAAAGCUUGUUUGAGUUUCUUGAUACAAACAAUGAUGAGAAGAUACAAAUAUCUGAGCUGAAAGACUUUAAAAUAGAGUUUUGGAACUUUGGGAGGAGGAAAUGCGAAAUAAAUAAGAUUGCUAAAGAGUUUCUUAAAAAAUACGACAAAGACGCAGACGGUCAUUUAGACAAGGACGAAUUUGAGGCAGGGGUCACGGAUAUGCUCAAAAACCACAAAAUCAAAUUCGACAACCUAGAGGAUGAAAAAGAGGAUCACAGCGAGGUGAAGGGAACUCUAAAGAUGAAAACACCGUCGCAAAAGCUUGUAACUAAAUUUCUCUAUAUGGAAACGUUAGGAGCUGCGAUUAAAGUCAUCGUAGGGAUCUUAAUUGUCCUCUUUCUUGCAAAACCAUUUAUGAUGAACAUCGAGCUCUUAUCAGUCUCAGCUGGAGUUCCCUCUUUUUACAUCGUCUUCGUGAUUAUCCCUUUGGCUAGAAACUUAAAGAACACUCUAUCAGCACGCUUCUGUCAUCCGAAAGACAAGGAAAAAAUCUCAAUACAUACCUUCUCUGAGAUCUACAAAGAUAUUACAAUGAACAACCUCAUGGGAUUGUCAAUCAUAUUGGCGGUUAUAUACGCGAGAGGCUUGGCAUGGAAUUGCUCGGUAGAAGCUUUUAUUCUUGUGAUCGUUGGCCUCGCGAUUGGCUUACCGGCUUAUAUGAGAUCGACUUAUCCGUUCUGGAUCUGUGUAUUUGCCUUUGCUAUGUAUAUCUUCUCUCUUGUUCUUAUCUAUCUCCGUUAUCAAUUUCUAGACAAGAACUAAGUUUACACCUCUAGGUGAGACUUAAGUUACAACCUCACUAAGUGUAUUUCGUCGGUAUUUUUGUGGCUUUCUCGCAUUUUAAUCGUUCAAUUUGGUUGUAUUGUACUUUGUGAGCUCGUCUUUGAAAUAAUACAGUUCUUACAAAUCGUUUCAUAUGUCAGUUUUUGCAUAUAUGUCCCUCCACCUGUAUAUUAGAAAAAUAUAUACGAUGAUGUUCAUAGCACUGGGAUAGCACUAAGUGCAAUCUUUCUGAUCUGGCACCGACCAUAUCAGCCGAUUGUGUAUAUCUUCAAGAAGGUUGAGAAAUAUAAAUCAUCUCCAAGAGUUAAAAGGUUAUAUGCAUAUUCUGGAACAAAACAUAUUUCUCAAAUAUAUUUAUGAUGUGUUAAUGCAAAUUCGAGAUUAAAAUUUUCUUUCUGUUACUCUUGUCAAAAACUUAAACAAUAUUAGAUGUUUUUGUUGUUUUCAAUAUUUAGGUACAUAUUUAUAUUGAUACGUACAACAGAAUUUGACCUAACCUAGCCUAAAUACAUAAGAAAAAUGAAAAAAAAUGCCAAAUAUUAUUAUGAAAACAUAUUUGCGUUUACAGUUUACAAACUGUUUACAAUUUGGCCCUCUUUGAAGUUGAUUGUUUGUAAUUUUUGCUUUAGUUUUUGGUUUUUGUUUUUGUAGAAACCAUUUUUCAUCCAAUCAAAUUUUUUGUUUUACUUUUUGUUUUUGUAAAAACCAUUUGAGUUGCCAAUCAAGAUUUUCAAUAAAUAGAUUCCCUAAAAUUUAGGAAAACUAUUUUUUUGUGAGCAUUUAUGAAGAAA